GUUUUAUUCAUUCACUUAAAAACUAAUCUAUAUCAAUCUGAAGUGCUCCUGGACUACGGGUGCAUUACACACAUCGACUCCUAAAAAUCACCUGUGAAGAUCUUUGAGAUUACACAUAAAGAAUAUGAUCAUUGAUCUAUAGAUUUGAUUGGGGAAGGUUGCAAACUUCGACAGUUGCUUUGAUAUUAUUGGCAUAGUUGAGUACUACGUAUGAACAUAAUGCGUUGCUUGCUGCCUUGUGCGUACAGGCCUUCAUGGUGCGCAGAUGUUAAGGUUCCAUUGCGUAGUCAUCCUUUGCAGAAGGUCGAUUUGUGCUCAGAAGGUGCAAUCGGCAUUGGUUCGAGACAAGAUGUCAAAAGCCGGUGCACAUAUCGGCUACGAGCAGAAAGCAUGGUGGAGAGGUGCGUAUGCCAAAAUGCCAAAAUGCCAAAAUCCGAAAGGAGAAUGAGGUUGAGUUGCGUAAACGGAAAAACACACGAACGAUUGUGUCGCAAGGAAAUUGAGAAGAGUUGAGAUCGCCACCGAACUGUGACACUGCUUCAGAAAGGCAGAAAGAUGCCUUCAGUGCUCGAUCGAAGAAGCCAAAUGUGCUGCUCAAGACGGUCAUUCGGAUAUCCGUCACUCAUGAAUCAUGACGAGUGACGGAUAUCCGGAGUCAUGAUGCAUGCGGACGAGGUGAAAGAAUGUAUCUGAACAGAAGCGGCCUCUGAAUGCAAAGCUCGUACAGCUGGAAGACUCAGACAGUCUCUCCCUCUGCCUCGUUCCUGUGAUGGCACUCGCGACGCAGAGUUGUAGAGCCGGGGCCGGAGGGGUGUCGACUCUUGCCAAGCUCAAAAGACGCUGGGGUCGGGUCUGGUCGGUCGCGCGGCUGCGGACUCUUCUCCUUCGCCAGGCACCAGCUUUUUCCUCCAAUCGUCCGCAACAUUGAGCCACGGUUCGGGCACGAUCCUCUGGCCGACGCAAGAGCAAGAGUAGGGUGCUCAGCAGUGGAAGCGUCUGUUGAGGAAUGAUCGGCGUGCCUCGUGUGUCCCCCAGAUUCCGUGUUUUGGCUCGGUCGGUCAUUAGUAAUCAAGCAAGCAAGCAAGCAAGCAAGCAGCAGCUGACGUUGCUCAUUUCUCUCUGAUUGCUGGCCAUCCUCGGCCAGCAAUCAGAGCAGCAGUCCGGAUUCAUCCUCCCGAGCAUUUUGAGCUUUUGCCAUUUCCCCCCGGGCGGGCCCACUCUGCAUGAUGAGGCAGGUUACUCGCGGUUAAAUGAAAGCUCGCGAUUAUGCCGAAUUCCGAGGCAAUUUGUCGUGGGGAAUUCAUGCCCCCGCGAUAAAGGACCGCCUCAAGUUGUCAUGUUACCGAGCCACAUCCGAUUCUUCCUCCUCCUCCUCGCCAGGAGGGCGCUCUUAAAUUUGGAGCUGGGACAAGAAAGAGCAAAAGGGUUCGCAUGAACUCUCGUCUGCGAGUGACGCACUCGGUCUACGGCCCUGCCUUGAUCAUAAGCCCAGUGCCAGCAGCAGCAGCAGCAGCAGCACCAAGCAAGCCAAGCCAAGCCAAGCCAAGCCAACCCGCCCGGCGAAGAACAAGAAGAAGGAAUAUAACUGAAACAACAGAGAGCCAUGGCCUAGGUCGACGUUUAGGAUAGGUGACUGCGGACAGCAAAAGCACCGCUAGUGUCUUCGAGCUCCCGCAAGACCCACAACCACGCUACACUACGUCUGAGAAUUUCUUACUGCCUGUCGACGAAGCUCAGAAAUCUGAGCCAAAUUUACCGGACGAGGAUUUCACGUGGAUAAGCCAGCAUGACCUCACUCUGAUCGACCUCGAUAAUUACCCCCUCGCCCCACCUGCGCACGGGAUUGGAAAAGUAGCUUACUGAGCGUGGUGCAGUGGCUGCGACGAAGGUAGGACUGGAGCAAGGAAGGAAAGAAGGAAGGAGAAAUUAAGGAUUCCAGCUUGCGAAACUAGAUCAGCUCAGCUCAGCUCAGCUCAGAUUGCUGUGCUUGCGUCUGCAUGCCACUCACUGUCGAAGAGGAUAAAUCUAGAGACAUGAAUCAGGCUGAAGGAAUGAACUUGGGAAUUUCACACUGUCUGGAGAGCAGCGGUGCGUCGCAUUGGAUCUUGGAAGCGUCAUUCAGGACAAUUUCAGCUGGUCACACGCCUGAGGCUAGGAAUCUGACUGCGAGAUGUAGACGGGCGGAGGAGACGGAAUCCGAACAAGGAUAAUUCCUCGUCGAGCCGCAGCCGCUGCAGUAUGGUCUUGCUCUUUUUAGGCGAGGCGGAGGCGGAGGGCAGUAUAUGUGCAAUUCUCGGACUCGGCUUCUUCCCUUCAGAGGCUGCAGCUGCACCGUCAUCGUCGCCAUCGUCAUCCAGCGAUCCAAACUCUCAUCCCGAUUCUCGAGUCCACAUUACAGCAACGCCUCCUUCUUCUCCAAGCUUUCGAGCAUCGUCAUCGGCGGUGCAAUUAUCUCCUUGAACCCUCGACCAUCGCCACUCGAACUCACUCGGUGUCGCCGACAAUCGACUCUCGGCGCGCCACCCACCAUCUUCAAAUCUGCGCCGACAAUCAAUCCUGGAGAAAUAUGGCUCGUCCCACGGCCCUCGUCUUGCCUCCGAGUCCUGGAGGUAUGGACAUGAACGGAGAGUUGGAGCAACCUCUGCUGCAAGAUACAACGGCAGAAAGUGUUCUCGAUGGGCACCGCAGAGAAGAAAUCUGGGUGGAGAGUCUUGAUUACGACCCAAUUCACUCCCUGGUCUUUUCUCAGCAGAAGAAAAUUCAACAGCAAAGGCAUCUGUAUGGAUUCACAGGAGUGACGUUGGCCAAAUGGCUCAUCACAAUUACUAUCGGCUUCUUAGUCGGUACAGUUGCAUACGUCAUUGCGUCCCACCAGGAGCUGGUGACAACUGCUAAGAAAAGAGGGAUUAUGAUGGCACUGAAUAAUGGUUACGGGCUGUGGACGGCUUUUGCUGGAUAUUGUUUGUUUGGUAUCACCGUUGUGACUUUCGCAAGUUGUCUAGUAAUCUUUUGGACUCCAGCAGCUGCGGGAGGCGGGGUGACCCUUGUAAUGGCAUAUUUAAAUGGUAACGAUGUGCCGGAUUUCUUUCGACUCAAUACACUAUUUGCCAAGGUUAUUGGAACCCUGUGCACGGUUUCAUCCGGACUGCCGAUUGGUCAAGAGGGUCCUAUGGUACAUAUUGGUGGAGCCAUUGCAUCGUCUUUAACCUGGAUGCAAGGCUACGUGCCUCGUAGGAGAAAGAAUGGUACUCAUCAACAAUCAGGGAGUUUCUUCGGAAAGUUGAAGCCUAAGUUCUUCGUGUUCGACUUUCACAAUGACUAUGAUCGACGAGAAUUUAUAUCAGCUGGUGCGGCUGCAGGGUUGGCUGCCGCUUUCGGGUCUCCAAUCGGUGGUGUUCUUUUCGCUCUGGAGGAAGCAUCGAGUUUUUGGUCGAAAAAGGUGAUGUGGCGGUCUUUACUUUGUACGUCCGUUGCAACCUUAGUGCUGUCGUGGCUGCACGAGAAAGAGUUCUCUUUCGCUCUACCUGGAACCAUGUCAUUCCAUAAUCUUCAGCCCGAGUUUGUACUUGGAGAUCUGCCUCUAUUCGUCAUCACGAGUGCCGCGGCAGGUGCCUUGGGAUCCCUUGUAAAUGCUCUUCACGCGUGGCUGGCACGAAUCAGGCCGCCAUCGGAUAAAAAACUUGCAAGACUUGCCGAAGCUAUUCUGGUGACCUUCGUCAUCAUUGUGAUGAUGUUUGUUUUGGCUCACUUGGGUGGGACUUGCCAUUUUGUUCCGGAAGGGACAGACGAAGAAGAAUUUUGGUUUCAGUACACAUGCCCAAAUCCAGUCGAUGGUAGAGCGUAUUACAAUGAUCUUGCAUCCUUGUAUCUAGCCGUUCCCCGUCAGAGCAUCCAGAAACUUUUUAGGUUGGGAAAGGAUGCGGUUCCAGCUUUUGCUAAGAUGACUCUGGGAAUCCACUGCGUAUCCUGGAUCAUUAUAUUCUCUCUGGCAUACGGUAUCGCUACACCAGGAGGAAUCUUCCUUCCUUGCAUGGUGGUUGGGUCAUCGUGUGGAGCUCUACUGGGCAUGUUCUUCAAGAUACUGUUCCCUAAUGUCGAUGUCCAACCAGGACUUCACGCGCUUAUUGGGGCGACUGCGAUGUUAGGCUCAAUGUUUCGAACUUCAAUUUCAGUGAUUGUUAUCGUAGUGGAAGGCACUGGCGGUGUAGACUUUAUACUACCUCUCAUACUCGCUGUUGUCAUCUCAAACUGGGUAGCACAUCACCUUCACCACGAAUCUGCUUACGAAAUUGAUUUGGGAAAUAUUGGAAGCAUCACCUUCCUGCACAACGAGCCAACACACGCUAUGAUCCCGAUUACUGCGGCAGACAUUAUGUCUGAAAACGUUGAGUGCUUCCCUGAGAUUGUUACUGUGAAAACCGUUGUGGAAGUCUUGAAGAGGACGAGGCAUAAUGGAUUCCCUGUGCUGAGAUAUUCGACAUCUUCACCUCAAGCGGAUGGACCAAGAACUCAGGGAACAUUCGUUGGGCUCGUUCUGCGGCAUCAAUUACUUCUUCUCCUGGAACAAAGGGCGUGGAUUACGGUGGAAUCACCUGAUGAUACAAUCCCCAUCAUUCCAGGGCCGGAAAAUUGUAUAAUCACCAACGAUAUUUGGAAAAUAGAACAUGCCAUGCGUGUUUACCAUCAUUGCCACAACCCACAUCGGAGGUAUCUCACAUCAAGAGCGGAAGAAUUGGAGAUGCUGGACAUCACUGAACCCGAAACAACAAGCCUUGAGAGCACACAAGUUCAAGUUCAGAAUGGAGAGUCUGUGCCACAAGAAAAUGGUCAACGUAGCCCUGAAGCCACAAAUGCACGCAAGGAAGAAAGGGCUUUGGACUUGAGACCCUUCAUGAACAGAGCUCCUCUGACAGUCCGUGCAGAGUGUUCCGCACAGCGUGUGUUCGUCAUCUUCCGUACUCUGGGACUGAGACAUCUGUGUGUCACCGAUGCGUAUAAUAGAGUGAUUGGCAUGAUUACCAGGAAGGACAUAGCUAAUGCGCAGAAGCGGACACACUUCGCACAAGCACAGGACGACUUGGAAUCGAAAGGCGCUAAUGCAGAAAGCAUGUAUCAUUUACCAUGAGGCCUCAAUUUGCUGAAAGCAUGUCUGCCAAGACACUUAUUUUUUCAGAGCGCUCGAAUCGAAUCCAUAAAACGAUGGUGGAGCUCCGCGGACGUGUUGCUGAGCUUUCAAAAUACAGUGAGGUCUCAAAAAAGGCAAGGCAGGCAAGAGAACGUCCACGCUGCUGGAGUCGAGCAUCAGUGCAGUGGACCGAAAUUGUGGCACCAUUGACGGGCAAGACGAGCCAAAUUGCUGUCCUGUAAAGAAAUUCUGGUGCUGCGAUAGAAUUCCACCCUGUGGAGUGAAGUGACCUGACAAUACAAGAGUCAAGGAAGCCAGGGACGACCUGGGAUCGCCGAGCAUGGAGGGAGCCAAAUCUGUGACUGGUAUCGGUCCGAGGCACGUCCAUCAUCCUUUCACUUGACCUUCGUCAUCCAUAGCCUCUUACAUCAUAAUACGAUCAGACAUGACAUGCAUUUGCACUAGUGAGUAUCCAUUCCCCCGCUCCUCGAAUCCAGUGCCUAACUAGUAGCCGCUGGGUGAGUUCGACGAUGCACAUGGUUUUGUAGAAAUUUUGUAACAAGCCCAAACUCAAACAAGUAAUAUAGUGAUGAGCCUAUAAAAUUCAAACCAGAUAAAAUAUUUUGGGUAGAAAGAAUACACAAACACCAGUACAUGUUCGAUGAGUACCACCGACAGAUGAAUUUCGCUGCAGCCUGCAGCCCAAAACAGACACCGUGCCCCGUCGCUCCGAGCCUCCGAACACGACUCAAGGUUGUGGAAUCAUGCAUCUCUGAAGGUCCGGCAGCAGCGCAAAAUCCUUCCCAGUGCGUUGCCGGGAAGCAUAAAUAUUGCAUUCCGGACAGACUUGGUUCGACCAUUGUAUUGUGUUUGGGAAAGCGAGAGAACUGGCGCCCUGGUCCAACUCCUUGAGGAUAGCUUGUCGUUACGAUAUAGAGACUGUAAACUACAUGCACACAAGGGUGCUUCUAUUCCUAGCACCAUUCUUUCUAUUAGAUUUGUGAUGAUUAUGACCUCCACAGAAUGAGAAUAUACUGGCCAAGUUGACCAUAGUCAAGCUAUGAAUCUUAAGUAUUUCGCUCACUGAUUUAGCGUUCUUGAACUGCCGACACGUCUGCCGACCGAGAAGUUCAGUUGUCUGAAGGUUGUUCGACAAACAACAGUAGUUGCAAAAGAAACGGUUUCCUGUUACAAAUUUCUACAAUGAUUUUAGAUUACAUUUAUAGAAGAAUUGUCAUAGCUAACGAGUUCGCGAGAUUGAGCAUACGAAUCUCUGCUGGGGAAUCGUGCUUCAUCUGGUCUUGACCGCGUUCGGUAUGUGAUCAAAUAAGCUUGGAAGAGUACAUGUACUUAAAUAAGAGUGUUGGAGCGUGUACAGCUAUACGUUUGUCACAAUC